ACCCUUUAAUUUUACACAAUCAAAGUUUUGAUUUUUGCCUUACACCCAAACUCCUUCACACGCCUCGACUCUGCCCGCUGUUCUUCCGUUCAUCUCCAACUGGUUUGCACUUUCCGUUCAUCCCUUCUAGCCCUAAUAAAUGGCGCGCCUUUCGAGCUUGGAAUUGCAGUGUGUCUUGUUUUUCAUGAAACCUAAGAAACAACGAGGUAAUUUGAGGUGUAGUGGUGUCAUGUCGGAGGGACCGUCGGCGGCGGGUGGUCGGAGCGCGGGGUACCGGGGAGUGAGGCGGCGGAAGAGCACCGGAAAAUGGGUGUCGGAGAUUCGGGAGCCGAGAUCGCCCAACAGGAUUUGGCUUGGAACUUUUGCCACGCCGGAAAUGGCGGCCGUGGCCUAUGACGUGGCGGUGCGGGCUUUGCGGGGCCCAGACGCGGAGCUCAACUUCCCUAACUCCGCCGCGUCGCUCCCCGUCCCGGCGUCUAACUCCGCCCGCGACAUUCAGGCGGCGGCGGCGCUAGCCGCCGCCGCCCUCGGCGCGGCUGCGGACGCGCUGGAGGGCCAGAAGGAGGGGGACAAAUUAGACAUUAAUCCUGAAGAAGAAUGUAAGGAGUUUGUUGAUGAAGAUUUGAUAUUUGAUAUGCCGAAUGUUCUUGUGAACAUGGCGGAAGGGAUGCUGCUUAGCCCGCCGCGUCUCGACGUCGCCGGCGACUGCGACGCCGCUGCGGCGGAUCACAACCUCUGGAAUUAUCCCUAAUGAGUCAGUCAUCAUCUCCUUCUAUAUAUAUAUAUAUAUAUAUGCCUAAAUCUUCGUAAUAAUGGACUAUAAUGCAUAAUUAAUACCCUAAUAAUAAUCUCGCUGGAAGGAGAAGGAAAUUCAACAUGCGAGCAUGAAUGUAAUAUAAUGCUUGUAGUUUUCUUUCUUUCUUUUGUUUUUUUGCUGUAAAAGUUUCCUGUUUCAUGCAUGUUUUCAUUUUGCUUCUUCUCUUUGACCCAGGGGGAAAGCCUAUUCGGUUCGAACCUAUAAGAUCAAUAGUUAAUUCUAU